AUGCCAGAAUUCGACUGGGGAGAAGAAUACGCUCGGCCCAACAUACCAUUCCAUGACCUGAUUAUUUAUGAACUUCCAAUUCGCACCUUCACUGCUGAUGCAUCAAGUGGCUUGCCCCAAAAUGAAAGGGGGACGUUCAAGGGCUUGAUUGAAAAGAUCCCUCAUUUGGUGUCAUUGGGUGUCAAUGCUGUGGAGCUACUUCCAGUUUUUGAGUUUGAUGAAUUGGAGUUCCAGAGAUAUACCAACCCCCGGGCGCACAUGACCAACAUUUGGGGUUAUUCUCAUAUGAAUUUUUUUGCUCCAAUGAGCCGAUAUGCUGCUGAUGACAUAGGCCCUGCAGCAGCUGCGAGGGAGUUCAAAGCCCUGGCUGCACAAUGCAGGAAUUGA